AUGCUUCAGACCUCUCACAGAUAUGACCUGCAAUCUUCUCAACUCCUCCUCUUUUAUGACGGUCUCGCAAAGGUCGGCGAAGGAGAAUUGCUCGGCUCCUGCGACGGCUACAGCGUUGCCCUUAAGAAGACUUCCCACACUGGUUCUAACACACAAGCAUAUGCUGAACAAAAAAACUUGCCGAGGUGCUAUGCAAUUGGCUCCCUGUAAGUGCUCCAAGAUUCUCCUCCUCGUCAGCUGCGGCACAGUUCUGUUAGUUUCCUUUGGCACGACUGCAGAAUGCGUGUGGAUUUAGAAUGGUUGAUGGUGAAUCCAUGUUUUUGUCCGAAGUUGAUUCAGUAUUUGAGCUUUCAUAUUUAUCUUGAUUAAGACUCCCAGAAUUUACUGUAUACACAUAUGCAUGCAUUUAUCUGACUGUAAAAUUGUGAUUUCAAAUAAAUUUUCCUCUCUCACUUUUCAACCUCAAUCCUCAUCGUAUUCGUCUGCAGCAGACUUGUCCGCCCUGCGCAACAAGCGGUCGUCACCAACAGCUGCACACCUUAUGCUGGGAGUUGAAACAAAAUGCACAGAAACAUUUGGUGGGAUGUAGUGUGUGACGAUAUGUAGACAGAGCUGUCUGGAAGUCGCCGAUUCUGAGCCGGUUGGUAUAUUUCUUGUAAAAAAACCAGCGUGAAAACGAGAAGAGAGAGAAUUUGGUGUGUUUUUUCUUCUUUCAAAGUAUCCACAAACGACAUCCUGCAAGGCAGCGCUAAUGUCAUUCUUGAAGUUUCACUGUAGAAACUUCUAGCUGGCCAAUAAAUGACUAAUAUCAAGUAGAAGUCGAAUGAGGACAGAAGUGACGGUGGUCGUCCCCUGGACCCGGUGGUGAUAUCUAGGUAAUUAACCAAUCAUUCUGCGCCAGCUCAUGGUUUACGACAGUUGGCGAACCUACCCAGGACACAUGUCCGGCGCCAAACAUGAAACCAACUGCCACUCUGGCUCCAAUUCAAAUCGAUAACGCACAGAACACUCGCAGGAACUACUUUAUCAGUUUCAGUAGGCAAGAAUCGUAGGAUUAGUUUUAGCCACGUUUUGCGCCUAGACCUACAAAGUUGACGAAAUCUCCAAAAAACCACCCAAGUGCUUUAAGGCGCAUAGAAAUUACGGGUGUCACUUGAAGGCUUGAAAUCCCUGUACUCCACCAGAUAUACCCCAUCCUGCCGCGCACACUGCCUACAGCCCCCUUAGACACUGAUUUGGGGAUAUGUUCACCUGUACUAUCUACGAUCAGCUAUUAUAUGUCGUAUGACCAAAACGUGAGGCUGCACAUCGGAUGAUUUUAGCGAACUUCCCAGAUCAGAAUAUCACCCCACCCUCUCCUCCUCCUCCUCCCCCUCUUCCUCCUAUUUCACCUCAUCCCCCUCUUCCUUCUUCAACUCUCGCGACUCCAACUCAUCUGCGUAGACGGCAACACCGUCUCCCCAGACACACUUCCACCCUCUCCUACCGGCACCGUACAUUUGAGUCAGACAUCGGCCUGACUGACAGUGACUGGCGAAUCCAUCGCAAUCGCACCAGCAUACCAGUACCAGCAAGAGCCUUCACAGAAUCAGCAGCCAUUGCAUAGGUCUAUUUGGCCAUAUGCGCAUCCACCAAAUUCGCACAAAAAAACAAUGCGUUUCAGGUUCAUAAAAAUACCCGUCAGUUCAACCGUCCUUGCCAGUGAUGUCCACCGUGUUGUCCGUAGCAAGGCGAAAGCAGACACGAUGAUUUGCGCGUGAAUUAGUUAAUUGGGGGCGUAGAUUUGCGCAGCAUCUACAGCAAUCUACUCUCCUCCUCCUCCUCCUCCUCCUCCUAAUCCUCCUCCUCCUCCUCCUCGUCCUCCUCCUCCUCCACCCCCACCUCCUCCUCCCCCUCCUCCUGCCCCCCACCUCGAUCCGGUGUUGGGUCAUUGUCAAAAUACUGGUGGCGGGAGAAGGUGCAGUUGGCUGGCAUGGCCGUACCUGCUCCAAGGCGCACCAUCACGCCCCUGGUCCACAGUAA